AUGCAUAAAAUUUGCAUUUCACUUGCUUUCAGUGCAUGUGCCUGCGCAGUGACUACCGGCUCCGAACCCCUUGUUGCCACUGCUGGUGAUAUUGCUGCUAUCCCGGGAUGGUACCUCCAAUCAUCGACCAAAGUAUCAGAAGGGAUGGAUGUACUAUCCAUGCCGGGAAAAGAUGUCUCCUCAUGGAAUCGGGUUGGUUCUCGUGGCACAGUUAUGGCUGGGCUUAUUGAGAACGAGGUAUACAACGAGACAGAAUUGUUCUACUCGGAUAAGAUGGAAUCUAUCGCUGAUCCCUCCACGUUCGACGCACCCUGGCUUUAUCGAGAAGAGUUCACACUGCACCCAUCCGCCGGCAAAUAUUUUACCCUAAAGACACAUGGAAUCACAUCCAAGGCAGACAUAUAUCUGAACGGAGUGCUCGUUGCGUCAAGUGACGAGCAGCAAGGCUCCUAUGGCGGCCAUCAGUACGAACUGACCCAUCAUGUUAAGGAAGGAGCUAAUUGUCUUCUCGUUUGUGCAUUCCCAACCAACUAUCUUCGCGAUUUUGCCCAGGGGUUUGUGGACUGGAAUCCCUACCCAGCAGACAAUGGAACCGGCGUUUGGCGAAAUGUGGAGGUUUCUCAGACUGGAGCGGUUUCGAUAUCGUCGUUCCGCAUCCUCACUAAUUUUACUCACCCCAAUUCUGAGCCUGUGAAGGUCACCUUUCGGACUGAUUUGAGCAAUUUUGAAUCUAGUGGUCAGCAAAUAAUGAUCAACGGCACCGUCGAAGGGCCAGAUGGCUCGGUAGCUGUGCAAAUUAGCGAGACAUUUGACCUGAAGUCAAAAGAGAAAAAGGCGGUGUCUAUGAGCGUGUCAAUUGUGAACCCUGAUAUUUGGUGGGCUGCCCUUUGGGGUGAGCAGCCUCUAUACACGAUACAUGCCAGCGCCAUCAUCCGAAAACCCCAGAAGUCAGUGUCAGACAGUUCAAUUCGCCAAAAAUUCGGGAUUCGCCAUGUAUCAUCGAGAUUAAACAAGUCCAAUGAUACCGAGUUUGCUGUCAAUGGCGAGCCCUUCCAGGUCAUCGGAGCUGGUUAUGGGCCGGAUAUCUUCUUGCGAUUCGAUAUUCACAGGGAGCACCCAGAACUUUAUGAUCUCGCAGAUAAGAUGGGCUUGAUGGUCCUGGCGGGAUGGGAAUGUUGUGACAAAUGGGAAGGGUGGAAGUAUAACGACGAGGCCGAUGGUGUCAAAUGGGGAAAGUCCGACUACCCAGUUGUGAAGGCAGCAAUGCUGCAUGAGGCAGAGAUGAUGCAGAGCCAUGCUUCGAUGCUUGGCUUUUUAGUGGGCUCAGACUUCUGGCCCAAUAUCCAAGCCACCGAGAUCUAUUUAGACGCUCUCAAAGUCAUGGAUUGGCCUAAUCCAAUCAUUGCAUCAGCCAGCAAGCGUGGUUACCCCGAAGCUCUUGGGCCAUCCGGAAUGAAGAUGGACGGCCCAUACGAUUGGGUACCCCCGAAUUACUGGUACAACAAUGAAGAAGGAGCGGCAUCUGGAUUUGGAUCUGAAUUGGGUCCUGGAGUUGGUACCCCUGAGAUUGGCAGCCUGAAAAAGUUCAUGUCUGGUGCCGAGCUGGAAACACUUUGGAAAGAACCAGAUGCAGACCAAUAUCAUAUGUCCCGUUAUGAUUCGCAAUUUUACGACCGGAAGCUCUACAACAACGCUCUAUUUGCUCGAUACGGAGAGCCAUCUAGCCUGGAGGACUACAUCGUCAAAUGUCAGAUGACAGAUUAUGAGGCCACGCGAUCCCAGUUUGAAGCUUACGGAACGCAACAAAAUGCGACGCGACCUGCCACAGGGAUUAUUUAUUGGAUGUUAAAUAGCGCCUGGCCGAAUCUGCAUUGGCAGUUGUUUGAUUACUAUCUCAGCCCUAUGGCAGCCUACUUUGGCACCAAGGUUGGAGCGCAAAACAGCGGAAAUCGGCACAUCAAGGUAGAUCUCAUUGAUUCAAAUGGCGAAGAACUCUCCGAGGCCACAGUGGAGAGCAACACAACGCCUCAUUCCUCGAAGGUGGUGGCUUCGCUUAACGGAAUUAAAACAGUCAAAGAUAUUGGCUUCCUCCGUCUCACACUCAGUGAUACCAAAUAUGAAGGUUUCCUUAGUCGCAAUGUAUACUGGCUCUCUCCUACCACGGAUGUCUUGGACUGGUCAAACUCUGAUUGGUACACCACCCCAGUUACUAAGUUUGCCAAAUACACUAAGCUAGAGACACUAAAACCGGCUACUUUGAAUGGUUCAUUACACAGCCUGGAGUCACCAACAGACGAUGGUUUGACUCAUGCUGAGGUCCUGCUCGAAAACCAAUCUGCAGGGCCGGCAGUUUUCAUUCGUCUGAAUGCUAUCAAUGCACUCAAAAGUGUGGAAAUUGCGCCGCUUUAUUGGUCUGAUAACUAUGUGACUCUUUGGCCGAAAGAAAAUCUGCGGUUAACUGUUGCAUUUGAAGGAGAUAUUCAGCAUACUGUGGUUGAAAUUACAGGAAGGAAUGUGGAGAAAGUGACUCUCAAGGUUUAA